UGUGAAGUGUUGAACUCCUGGUUGUAGAACUAGCGGGGCAAUUGGCAUUUGGAAAACUGUCAAUGUGACUUUGUGGAUGUCAAAGAACGAACGAACGAAGAGCGAAAGCAAGAAAGGAAACGACUGGAAAGAUUUUCAUUAAAAACAUCCUCAUAGAAAAACCAAACCCAAAAUGGAAGAGUAUGCACGUGAACCGUGUCCGUAUCGUAUCGUGGACGAUUGUGGUGGAGCAUUUGCAAUGGGCUGCAUUGGUGGAGGCGUAUUUCAAGCAAUAAAAGGAUUCCGUAAUGCUCCGUCUGGGUUUAAUCGACGUUUGCUUGGAAGCUUAACAGCGAUUAAAAGCCGGUCGCCAAUAAUUGCUGGAAACUUUGCCGUAUGGGGUGGCAUGUUCAGCACUAUCGAUUGCACACUAGUGCAUUUUCGUAAGAAAGAAGAUCCAUGGAACUCUAUAAUUAGUGGUGCGGCCACGGGAGGAAUCUUAGCGGCGCGAAACGGUGUACCGGCCAUGAUCGGCAGUGCAGUGAUAGGUGGCGUGUUGUUGGCUCUGAUUGAAGGCGUAGGUAUCAUGUUUACGCGCAUAUCUGCUGAACAGUUCCGGAACCCCACUCCCCCGACCGACGAUCCUUCAGUGCUGGGCGAUCCAAAUCAGCAGCAAAUGUCUUCAGCCCCUCCAUCGCCAUUCGCGUUUGGCCAGUCAGGGCAGAACUAUCAAUAAUGAGUGCGUUGCACGGUUGUUGCGGAUAUCGAAUCACCACGUAUGCUGCCCUUUCAUUUUAGGCAGAAUAAGAGCAAUUCGUGAGGCCGAUGUGUUUUUAAUUUGGGUGUUCUGGCUAAGUGUAUAUUUAAAACCAUUAAUGUAUAUUUUCGAGUGAUAGUGUGAAUGCGAUUCCAGAUGUCUCUACAAUAAGUGUGUCGAUCAGAUACCGACGUUCGAUAUUAGUUUGUUGGUGGGAUCGACUGAUACUUUUUAGGGAUUGGAAUGUUGUGUGCAAGAAUAGUUGUUUGCGAUGAAAUCCUAGAUGGAUAUGUAUGUAUGUGUGACGUGCUAUAGUUCUGGUAGUAUCUCAUGUUUGUUGAUUGAUUUGCUUUCUAGUGAUUGAUUAAUUUGAAAGUACGAUACGAUAUGAAAUAUUGCCCGAACUUUUUAGAUAACACGCGGUUAGAAGUUAUGAAUAGGACUUGUGCCAGCACAAGAAGAAGCAUGCGGGAUCAGUGUACCGCAAACACAAAUAGACAAGUUGUAACAGUAAUCAAGUGAUUAUUUCCUGUAAAUAGAACUCGCGCCGUCAUUACAAUACCAACUCUUUAAAAGUCGACCGCUAUGGAUAAUUGCGCUAAUAAAUAAAUUUCUAGCAUGACAGCAGAACUGAAA